AUGGGUGUCUUUGACCGUAAGUUUGGUGUUGUUGUGUCUGUAAUAUUCCCGACAAUUGUUCGUUUUAUAAAUAUAAGUGCAAAUAACAUCUGUCUGUUAUGACCCUCAAGCGGGCCCGUUUUAUGAUAGGGCUUUGGAACCACGUCGAAAUUUUUUUUACACCUUUAGCACACGAUUAAAAACAAGCUGGAAUACUGUAAAUUACACAUAUAAUGCAUGAAUGUUACAGCCGGCCAGUAUGGGCGAACAAUUCGUUUGUUCGUCCUGUAUUUGGCAUCCAUCACAAUCACAUCGACCGUCUCUUUGGCAUUUUCUGAAGGUCAUCUGGAUAUUAGCGUGCCCGGAUUAGAAGCUCCUAGUGAGGGAUUCGAAAGCUCCGUGAUCAAUUUGAACCUGCAAGAUGCCAUGAGGACCCUGAGACGAAUGAAAAGAAUGACCGCAAAACGUUUGUUUUUUCUUGGAGUUAUAUUCGAAUACCUGACUUAGACGGACUCAGCCCAGCAAUGUUCUUUUUAUUUAAGUUUCGGCUUUGCACGGAAUUCUUGUCCGAAUCUGGCCCCAUUUUCCUUUUUUUGGCAUCACUUCUUGUCCCUCAUCACGCCUUAUCCUUUGCCGUCGGUUAUUUACAAGGAUACGAGAGUAGUGUCUUUCUGUAAAGAUCAACAAAAUUUAGUCCCCUGUCUUUUACUGUAUCCCUACUUGUCAUCCGGCUUCCUUUUUAGGAAAAUGCGGCUUUAACGGUUUGGUAAGAGAUACUUAACAUUUUAAUGGGAUUUUAUAACAGUUGUACAGUUUGCAAACCUUGAUUUACAGCAGCCGAAGAUAUCCUGACUCUGGAUAAAGCGACGGUCAAUGAGGCUCAAAGGAAACUGAAUGAAUCGGACGGAGAAGCGCUGGGCCAAGACUCCAUUUACUGUCUCCGAUUGGGUAAAACCUUUUACAGAGUCACGGUGAAGGCGCUUUCUUUCGCUUCGCCCUAAGCACUGUCCGGUCCGUCCUUAAUAAGAUCUUUGGGAAUACUGUAUCAUUGAUCUACAGUAACCCGUUGCCCCUUUUUUACUCACAAACGACGCAACUCACAGAACCCUGGCUUGGAAUAACUACUGAUAACCUCGGCUUGUCCUGUCCUAGCAUCGCCCGAGGGGUCGUAGAUAGCGGUGGGAGGGUCUCUUAGGUGUGCUCUUUACCUGUGGUUGCAGUCGUGCGUGAAGCGAAGCCCAACAAGUACACGGUGCGGUCAUCACGGCCGUCGCGAUGCGAACCCGGCCGGCAAAAUCUGUCAUCUCCUUCCUCUCCCUCAUCCUCUGAGUCGUCUCAACUCUCUCCUGAAGCUGGGCGACUGAGUCGUUCUGAGAUGGAACUCCGUAAAUUCCUGCGUUUAGAUCCGACGCGACGUCAACAGCCCCGCAACGAUACGGGUAAAUGUGUGAUCAGCGCGGACCAGGCCGUUCAUUAUUGCGGCUUCACUGAAGAAGGUAGGUGUCCAUUGAGGCGAUGUUGUGCUCGUGAUGUGAGCAGUGACACCCUCGAAUCGAUCUUCUCUUCCGGCUAUCUGAUUAAUGAUAACUUACAUUGUAUUCUGGCUUUUAACAUAGCUUUGCUAUUUUUUGUUUGAUCGUGUGCAUUUUUGUUUGCGGAAUUAGCGAAGAUUUUAUCGAGCUGACAUUGAGAAUCUUAUAGUCACGGCUCCGAUUAUUCCACCACCGCAACAAGGAAAGUGUCAUGUAACGCCGAAGAGUGGCAGAGAAAUCUGUUUCCCGACCUACGAGACACUGGACACAACUUGUACUGACCCCUCUCCCAACGAUCUUCACAGUGCGGGUCCAGUGCCUCCACCAGUUAUCAAGCAUGCUACGUAUGUUUUAAUAUACUGUAAUCAGAAAUACUUUCCAGUGUUCGCGCAAUGGCGUUUGUGGCUCCAGAUGACCUCCAACGUCUGAUUAAACAAUAUUACCGACAGAAUCAACAGCCCAUUCCGAAGGAUUUGAAUUAUAAUCUCAAGCCUUAUCUGUUUGCAAGAUACCGUUGUGAUUAUGGUUACGAAUUAGUUGACGAAGUGGAUACCGUAUUCUGUAGUGACAGACAAUGGGUGAAGACUCUUCCAGAAUGUCGCGGAAAGGGCCCUUGUGCUCAUGAAAAUGGUGGAUGCAGUCACUCUUGUAUAUCUCCAGACAAUUCGACUGUCGAAUGUAGAUGUCCCAAGGGCUUGAUUCUUGAUGUGGACGACAAAACUUGUAUUAGUAAGAAUAUUUGACUGACCACAGUACUUAUUUCGGCUACCCUUCAUUGGGGGUUUUUCAUUCGGGCUUAGAUCGGAUACCGGCCGAAUACUUAUAGCCAAUAUUGCCACGCAAGGUCACGGUGGUUGCCUAAUGGUCUCAAUGCUUGAGCUUUUUCCCGCGAAAAACACGGCUUUCAUCAUGAAUUCAGGAUGUUGGCCAAACUUUAAUGUUUUUGGAGAGCUCACGAUCUAGGCCGCGAGCUUGGCCAUGGGUGACAAAAACUCCUGCGGACACAAAGUACCCUAACCCCUGCUGGCUAGCUAGUCAAAAAACUCUGCAAUGUUGGCUAUCAGUGUUGGGCCGUUACUGCUUCAAAUAGAAUCAGCCCCAAUGAAGGAUUGCGAAAAAAGAAAAUCCAAAGAGACGAUCCAUUCCGGAAUAAGACAAAUUGAUGUGUCCCGUUGUUUGUGACAGGAAAAUGCAAACAUCUGAAACAUCUGAAAAAUUAAAUAUUUCAGAACCCGCCCCGAAGAAUGAAUGUAAGAAUCUUCAAGGUUGUUCUUGCGAAUCCAUCAAUGAUCUCCAACUUUCCUGUACUUGCCGACCAUCUGGAACUAAAUGUUUAUGUAAGUCUAAGGUCAUAUUGUCAGCAAAUGUUAUCUAGUGCAAAAAGGAGCUCCAAAAAUAUAUUUGCAUCCCCCACCGCCUUAUCAGACGGAACCUGGAGGCAGUUUGAAUAUAACUUGUUCUGGAGUCGGAUACCCAUUUCCCGAAACCACGUGGACUAGGUAAGAACAAAUUUUUGUAAAAUAUAUGCAUAUUGUUUAGCAACAAUGACCAAUUAUUUGGACAACAAAAAGACCCGACUUCGCCUUACAAUUCUCAGAUAUCAGUCACCGACGUUGUGAAAAACGGAUUUUUUACUUGUACUUCUACCAAUAAACAUGGCCAAGCUGAAAAAGUUGCGGAUAUUGUGGUAGCUGGUCCCGAUGCCACCAAUCUUGAUAAAGUGGACUCUGAUAGAACGAGUGUGGAGGUCCACUGGACUCCCCCAGAUCAUGUCAACCGACCAAUUACACAUUACACUAUCUACUACACAAACAAUCCUCAACAACCAGUAAAAAAUUGGAAAUCUGUAGAUGUCAACGAACCCAACCGAAACUUUGUGAUCGAAGAUCUUCGUUCGGAUACAGAAUACACCUUCAGAGUCCGCGCAAAUGACAAUCUUGGGCCAGGAAAACUCUCAAAUGCAGUUACAGCCAAAACCCAAGAAGCAGGUAAGCUCAAUAAAAACUAUUGUUUUUUUAAUGGAACUUGCAUAAUAUUUCAUAAAACUUUAAGCAAAACGACCGGCCGUGGAGAUCGUGGAAGGCGAAGAGCUGAGAGUCUCUCCAAACGAAGCCUUCACACUGAAUUGUAAUGUGAUCAGAGGAGAUCCGACACCAGUAAUUGUAUGGGAAUCAAAGGGUCGUCCAAUCAGUAAUCCCCAAGAAGGAAGAUCCAUUGCUCUGCAACAUAAAGGACUACUGGAAGAAACCAGUUUUCUCUGCGUGGCUGAGAAUGAAGCCGGGAAAACGUCGAGACGAAUCCAUGUUGUUGUAACUGGGCCUACUGCUCCUGAACGAAUCCGAGCGAAUGUGGAUGGAGAUGAUGUUGGAUUACAAUGGGAACCCCCAAGAAUUACAAAUGGACCUAUCGAAAAUUACGAAGUUCUUUAUACAGAUGACCCAGAUCUUCCAGAAGAUCAAUGGAAAUCUGUGAACAGUGAUGGAAAGACAUCGAUUCUGAUCCCAGAUCUCAAAGAGCUGACUGAUUACACCUUCAGAGUGAAAGGAAAAAAUGCAAAUGGAGUGGGACUUCCAAGUAGAGACUACAAUGCAACAACAUGGCUAAAACGUAGGUGUAAAUCAACUACAAAACAAUAAUUUAAAGCACGUCCUCCAUCUAUAACGUUGAAACCUGAGAGUGAUAUUGAAGCCAAACCAAGUACUGAUGAGCUGGUUAUCGAAUGCGAGGCCACCGGUGUCCCGAAACCAAAGAUUGCGUGGUUCUGGGACGAUAAUCUCGUUUCGGAUGGGGAGGUAACCGACGUUAAAGUGCAAUUACAUAUAAUUUUAGAAUGAUUUCCGCGUUUAUGACGUCAGUAAAAUGGAUGCUUUGAACGUGACAAACAGCAAAUUGAUUGCCAGAUCUACAACAAGGACAGGAAAGGCCAGAUGCGAAGCUGUAAACAAAGAGGGGACAGACGAAAAGGAGAUAAAUGUAAAGAUUCUUGGCCCAGGAACACCACCCAAAGACAUUCAUCCGCAACCAGAAGAAAACGGGAUCAAAGUCGAAUGGAAGGAACCAGAUAUCCCCAAUGGAAACGUCAAUGAGUACAUUGUCUACUACAGCAAAGACCCUGACAGUCCUUUGGAUCAGUGGCAAAAGGUCGCCGUGCCUGCAGAUAAGACUGUUGCUGUUAUUGGAGAUAGAGAGGAAGAUACUCCGUACGUGGUUCGGGUUCAAGCUAAGACCGACGAUGGUCCGGGAAUCAUCUCCGAACCAAUAGAAGUGACCACUGGCAAGAAACGUAAGUGAGGUUAUCUUGCACAGAGACUAAGUUACAUUCAGACAUCCCGUUAACCACAAAAUUGGAAGUCCUGGAUCCCGUGCCCAUUCCUGGGGCCGAAAUCGUUGUGGAGCCAGGCCAGAAGAUCAAGUUCCGUUGUGUCACAGAAGGCCGACCAACCCCAUCUCUCUCUUAUAAUUGGUUACCUCUGGACAACACGGAGAGUGGAGAAGAACCCAUUCACAUUCGAACUAAUCCAGUACCCGAUGUUGAACAUACAUACCGUUCAGAUGAAACCGAAACUCAAACAUAUACUAAGAGAAGACUUGUCUGCCAAAGCCGGAAUCCUGAUGGAUCCGUGGAUGACAGCGUAACUUUUGAUGUCAAGAAGCCGGGAAGUCCACCAGUUUCAAUCGAUCCAGAUGUAGCUGUGGAUAACAAGGUGACGAUUAAAUGGAAGCCACCAAUACAUCCGAAUGGAGACCUGACCGGAUAUAAGGUAUACCUCUCAGCAGAUCCUUCCAAACCCCUCGAUCAAUGGCAGACGUUCGAUGUCCCAACAAGUGAAGAUCCUCAGAUACAAUUCGGAAGAGGGGAACUCGAGCCGGAUACUCCUUAUCAUGUCCAAGUCGCAGCUAUCAAUACUGAUGGAGAAGGAGUAAAGUCGGAUCCCAUUCCAUUCCAAACCCAAAGCGGUGCUCCAAUCGACGCCCCCACUGAUCUCUUAGCUACAGUAGCCCAAGAUAACAGUGUAAAUCUUUCGUGGACAGGCCCAUCUCAACCGAAUGGUCCCAUCCAAGGCUACACUAUAUACCAAAUACCUGCUGACGACACAACAAACGAUGAUAAUUACAAAAACUGGCCUCAAAUUCCUGUAAAAACAACUGACGACAUCGGAAAUAUUACUAUGGACAAAGAUGUGUAUCAGAUCUUACCGAACAGGGAGUAUCGCAUCCGCAUUACAGCUACCAAUGAUCAGUCAGAAGGUCCGCCAAGUGAAACACUCUCAUAUAAAACUGGCACUGGUGAAAUACCACCAACAAUAACCCUGAAGCCAGCGGAUAAUCCAGCCAAAGUUCCACCAAGAGGAGACCUUACUGUAACAUGUUCGGCUACUGGCAUCCCGGAACCAAAUGUCUACUGGAUCGUGGAUGGAGAGAAAACGAACAGCAAUGUUCUCCAACUGAGUGGUCUUAUCAAGGACAAAGUAGUCGAAUGUAAGGCCGAGAACACUGCAGGAGAUGCCACUGAACCUCUUCGUAUUGACGUCCAAGGUCCUGGAACGCCCCCAGUCAUCACCAGUCUUCAAUCCCUACCUGACCAGGAACUGACAGUCGAAUGGACAACUCCAGAUGAACCAAAUGGGCAGAUCACCAACUAUAUUGUGAGAUAUGGAGAAAUCCCGGAAGGAGAGACCUCUCCGACUACUUGGGAAGAAAUUACAGUACCCAGUAAUCAAGUUGAGACAACGAUCACAGGACUUAAACCUAAGGCGACGUACGUGGUUAAGGUCGAUGCUGUCAGCGACAGAGGACGUGGUGUUGAAUCCGACACUCAGCGGGCAAAGACCUUGCCAAUCACACCCCCACCACCACAGGUCUCAAAGGUCGAUGUUCAUCCCAACAACACCAUUGCCAUUCAAUUUGAUGCUGUUCCAGAUCCCGAGAAUCCAGCAACCAAGAUUAAGGUAAACAAUAAAUACAUACAACUUAAUCUUGCAUCGUUUUAGAACUACAAGAUCCAUUACACUUCGGAUGAUCCACUGACGGAAGGCACGGAAUGGAAGGAAAUGACGUGGACCCAUCCAGAUGACUCUCCCACUGUUUCUAUUCCUAUUGAUGGAGAUAAUUUCGAACCCAACAAGAAAUACAACAUUAAGAUCACUCCAGAAGGAGAGAUUACUGGUACCUCCAGUGAUCCAUUGCCAUUUGAAACAGGAAGUGGAGGUAAGUUUGGUGGAAACAACAGUGGAAAUUUCUGUAUUGCACACCAACCACUUUGUUUCAGUUAUCGCCCCAGAGAAACCAACGUUCAAUGUUGACACCUCAGAUAACAAAAUCAAGGUUCCCGCUGGUACUGACUACUCAGUUACUUGUUCUUCUGACGGCAGACCCUCCCCAAAAAUUACAUGGGUAGAUGCGGAUGGGAAUGUGAUCAGCGAAGGACCUGUUUUGACUGUAAAUGACAUCAAGACAACAAAGAAUGUGAAAUGCCGAGCUGAGAACGUUGGAGGCACAGAAGAAACUCCAUUUGAGAUCUACGUUGCUGGCCCCGGAGAUGCUCCUGAGAUCACAAACAUCCACGCCCAUAAACCAAGAACUAUUGAAGUUCGAUGGGAUCCCCCUAAGAUACCCAAUGGAGAAAUUACUCGAUACAUCGUGUAUUACACACCCUUGGAUGAUCAGGUAUACUACGUAUAUAUACUAUUGUAUUUUUUUAACGUGCGAUAUAUACAAUAUUAUAUUUUCGUAACGUAUAAUGAUUCAGGAUCCUGCCCGACAAGUUGGACAAGUCCCCAGCAAGCCAAUCUCUGAAUGGUUGACCCAUCAUGUUGUCGGCGAGAACCUGAACGACGGAGAGAAGGAAACAAUCAUCAAAGACUUUGUCGAUCCCGAAACAUCGUACGCUGUGGUCAUCCAGGCUGUCAACGACGACGGACCCGGCCCAUAUUCGGUACAACAGAACAUCAGGACGAUGUCUAAAGGUAGAUUGUCGACGAUUGGGGAAAAAGGCGAUUAGGGAAACUGAAAUAUAUUAUUUUUCUUCAAUGCAAGUGUCAAAAUUAGGAUUGGCGCUGAUUUCGAAAACGACAUUCAUUUUUUUCAUUACGAUAGUACUGUAAAGUAAAUAGUAAUUUUUUGAAUUUUUUCAUAAAUGCUCGAUUUAGGGGUUAUCGAUGAGGCUUUAGGCGCUACGGCGUUUCGAGUCAGGGACUUUACCUUUACUUUUUUUCUUUACUUCAGGAGUACCCCUAAUUUAUACUUUCCAAUUAACUAUUCGGACCAAUAGUUGUUGAUGCAUUUAUUCAGACAAAAUUUCUUUUAUGUAUUAUAGCAUCAUAAUUUUGAUGUUAUAAUCAACAUUAUGAUGUUACGGUGCUCAUCGUAAUAAAAAUAAACAGUGGCUACAGGUGGUAUAACGUUUCCCAUACCUGACUGGCUUUUUUAUAAACUUGUACGUUGAUUUGUGAAAACGAUACAAAAAGCUACUACUUUACAGUACUACUUAAGUCCAAUAGUAAUGAUCAAAAAGAUGAAUGUCAUUUUCGAAAUCAGCACCAUCGUUUAUCUUAAUUUCGACGUUUGCAUCGAAGAAAAACAAUACUUUUCGGUUUCCCCAAUCGUCGCUCCCCGGUCGUUCUUAAAUGACAUACGAUUUUAGCGCAAGAAGGGCCUCCAACCGAUCUUCGAGUCGAACCGAUAGACCAGAACUCCGCCGAAAUCGAUUGGAAAGCACCGGAGAAUGUCGAAGAGAAUCCGAUUGGAUACGAAAUCUUCUACGUUCCGGCCAAUAAAGAGAUCGAGAUCGACGAAUUCGAUUCUCUUCCAAAAUGGACCAAGAUCUCUGUUGAAGAUGGCGAUGCCACUUCUCAUGUCCUUAAGAAUGAACUCCAGCCGGACACCGAGUACGUGUUCAAGAUCAGAGCCAUCUACCCCAAAGGCCCUGGUGUCUUCUCAGAACCUUGUAUCACCAAAACUUUACCUGAAGGUAAACUUACCAUGCAGAAUGUUCAAUCCUUUGUUGUUUAGGUAAUCCCCCAGUAAUUAUGGUAUCAUCUGGCGGUGAGGGAACCGAGGGAACCACAAAGAUUGAUCUUCUUCCCGGCUCGUCCCUUGUCGUUUUUUGCAAUGGUACUGGAAGUCCAUCUCCAUCAGUGAAUUGGAUCCGCCAAGGCUCGAUUCCAAUCGAUCCCAGUACAGUAAAGAACGAAGGAUAUGCAACCAGGUGGUCGCUGAAUGUGGGAAACAUCACAGAAGACACGACUUUUAACUGCGUUGCCCAGAAUCCUCUUGGAAAAGCGAACUGGACCAUCGAUCUUCACAUUGUAGACGGUAGGUUCAACGAUUUUGAAAAAGUAGUUCCUAUUGAUCUGAUGUGGCAUUUCGUUCAUUUCUUGAUUUAUCGAUGUAAUAAUGAAUUGAAAUUUCAAUGUUACCUUUCGUUCUAAAUUCCCCGAAAAUCAAUCUAUCGAUUUUUUAUUUCGUCAAUCCCUUUGUUUUUCUUUUUUUUCGACCGUUUUUAUUGUCUGAAAAUAUAAGAUUCCGCAAACCAAAAAGUCAUCAUUUUCAAAUUACAGUGCGAGAUUGAUUUUCUCUAAAAGCUUGCAUUUAACAGUAAUACAGGGUGGUUCAGCCGAAGCUUCCAACCUUAUUUCAAGUAUUUCUCCGCCAGUAAUGCACCAAUUUCUAUAAAAUUUAUAUCUGAGGUACCCCAUUUUUGUCCAAUAUGGCUGCCCAAGUUCACGGAAGCCCCCGUACUGACCUUAAACAUUUUCAUUCCAAAUUUUCGACCCCGAAAUCGGUGAAACUUAUCGUUAAAAAAUUUUUGCAAUGAUUUUCAAUUGAGAGUCUCGAAAUUGGAAAGUUUCACCGACUUCGGGCUCGAAAAUUUGGACUGAAAAUGUCAAAAUUCAGUACCCGGGCCUCCGUGAAAUUGGGCACGCCAUAUUCGGUUGACAAAGAAUGAUGGGUCUCAUCUUAAAUUUGAUAUAAACUUUACAGAACUUGGUGCAUUAUUGGCGGAGAAAUACUUGAAAUAAGGCUGGAAUCUUCGGCUGAACCACCCUGUACUAAUUACUGAAUGUUUAAAUAUUCGUGAACCUCGCCCUCAAGGGAGAUGGCGCGGAAUCCUUGACUCACUGGGAAGGGAUUUCUGGAGCGGCCGGAGCCAUCCCGGUUGCACAUGCAUAGAAGAGGGAGAAACUUUAAUAACCUGACCUGUGAACACUUUUUGCAAGAACGUCAUACUACUGUACCCCAUACGUGCAGUCGCAACCAUACUUCCUGACAAUGUUUUAUGGACUAGGCUUAUUUUGUUUUAGAUCUCCCUGAAAACUGGAAGAAUAAGCUGAUAACGGCCAAGAAGGAUGGGGAUGAUAUUGUUGUUGAUGUAAAUGACAAGGUCAAAGAGAGUUUAAAAGAUACCAACACUUGGACUCUCAAGAUAACCGACGAUCCGUCAAAGCCAAAAGAUGAGUGGAGAACUAUCGAAAGUGACGGAAAACCUUUGGACGAUGUUAGAGUGGAUGACACGAUUCCCGGGAAAACGUAUUAUGUUACAGUAACUGAUCCCAACACCGGCCUGGAGAGCACGAUCUUAUCCUUUGUGACACCAAAGCCUGCUGAGAUUGUGAAUGUGGGAGCCAAUAUUGAUGAUGAUAUGGUGGUUGAUUUCAAACCGGCUGUUGGUCUAUCAGAAGUCGAGGUAUGAAUGACAAUGCAGAAAAUUUUUUCGUUCUAGAGUUACGACAUAAAGUCAUGGCCAUCAAAUGAUCCUUCGAAUGUGAGAUCUCAACGAGUCGAUCCCACCAAAUUAAACGGAAACCAGAUUCCUGAUCUUCUCCCUGAUACUGAUUACAACUUCCAAAUCGUGACCAACUUCAAAGAUGGCAGUAAAUUGGAAGGCGAUCAAGUCUCUUCGAAGACACCUCCUCAGGGUAGGUUCAUGGUUUUAGUAUAAUUUGCAUUUCUGCAGAUGUAAAAUGUGAUUGUUCCCAUGCUUGUCGUCUGGAGAAAGAUGACUCUGGCAAGUCCACAGUGAAAUGUUAUUGCCCUCAAGGCUAUGAGUUGGAACAAGACGGAAAAACUUGCAAGAAGGUGGCUGACACGGAGACCAAACAGAUUGUGGUUGAAGUAACUCCAACAUACGAAGACAAAGCUCCUGUUAGAUUUGACGAUCUUACCGAAAGACAUGGGGUUGAUGGAUCUCCAUUACCUACCAACGAGUAUGGGAAGCCGGUCUAUGUCGAUGAUGAUGUCACCAGUGUACCUUUGCCCACCGAUUCUUUGGGUCGCGAGAUUCGGCCGAUCGUUCGAAUUGAUGGAUCGAGGCUUCCAGUCGAUUCGAGCGGAAAUACUUUAAAUCAGCUGGGCCAAAUAAUAGACAAGAAUGAUGAAGGACAACCGUUGGGACCUGAUAAUGAAGUCCUUUCUAAGAAUCUUCAUGGAGAUUGGCUAUAUCCGGAGAUCGACAACCACGGGCAUCCUCUGCCUUUUGAUAAGAAUGGAAGGCAUGUAUAUCCUGUAAUUGGAUCGGACGGGAAUGCGCUCAGAACCAACGAGGAUGGACAGAGGAUUGAUAGAAAUGGAGAGCCUAUUCCCACCAAUCCCUACGGAAAACCUAUUGGUCCUGACGGAUCUCCGGUAAGUUUAUUGUAAUAAUAAAAGAAACUUCUUCAGUUGCCGACUGAUGCAGAGAAAAACUUCCGAUGGAAUGAUGAUGCGGAUGACAUCACCGAUGAACCCCUUCCAACCGACGCCAUGGGUCACAUUGUGUAUCCGAUAGUCAAUCAACGUGGAACUCUGUUGCCUCUGAAUGACGAAGGACAUCAUGUGGAUGAGAAUGGAGUUGAAGUCCCAACCAACGAGUAUGGGUUCCCGGUACACCCGCAGACUGCAGAUAUCCUUCCAAAAAACUCUCAAGGCCAAUACGUGCUCAGCGACGGCAAGGAGGAAGCGGCCACUCCUGAUGCUCAAGAGCAAGCUGAGGACGUCACUCCCACAGAGCGUCAUGCUCCGAUCUAUGACACCUCGGGUGAUGUUCUUCCAACUAAUUACGAUGGUGACUACCUCGAUAAGACUGGUAAUGCGAUUCAAAAGGACAGUAUGGGCAGACCGGUCGAUUCUACGGGGAAAAUUCUUCCGACCAAUUCCAACGGUGAUUUUGUUCUACCAGACGUCUUGCCAACUGAUGCCAGCGGAAAACCAAUUCAGGUGGUGGACCCUCGAGGACAGCCUUUACCAACUGACAACACUGGGAGACCCUUGGCCGAGAACGGAAGUCCAAUUGAGAUUAAGGACGGCCAGUAUGUUGAUGAAAAUGGAUCUCCUUUACCAAAUGAUCGUGCUGGUAACGUUGUCUUUGGUACGACCGACUCUUCGGAAGAAGAGCCCAAAGUAUUUGAAUAUCCAAUAGUUGAUGUGAAUGGGUAUCCACUUCCUAAAGAUGAGCACGAUCGUUUUGUGGACAGCCGAGGAGAGCCAUUUAGAAAAGAUGAAAAUAACAGGCCUUUGGGACCAGAUGGACAGAUUUUGCCAACAGAUGCAUCUGGGAAUUAUAUAUACACACCAGAGAAAACGCCCACAAACAUUGCCGGCCAGCCAGUUGUUGUGAAAGGCCCAGACCACGAACCAGUCCAGACCGACGAACAGGGAAGACCUUUGGAUUCUGAUGGGAACCCGUUGUUAAUAAGAGAUGGACAAUACGUAAACAAGGACGGAAAUGUCUUACCGCUGGAUCCAGAUGGAAAUGCUCUUCUCCUUCCGACCGACGACUCAGGAAAAUUCAUCUACCCAAUCCAUGAUGUAAGCGGCAACCCCCUUCCCACGGAUAGCUCUGGCCAUCAUCUCGCUCCUGAUGGGGAACUUGUUCUCACCGAUGCAGGAGGAAGACCUCUCGAUUCUUCUGGAAAACUGCUCCCCACUGACAGCUCAGGAAGUUUCAUUUAUUCAAAGCCAAAACCUACUGACUCCACUGGUCGUGAAGUAACACCGGUUGGACCGGACGGGUUACCUCUUUCGAAAGACAAUGAAGGUAAUUACGUGAAACCGGAUGGUUCUGUGGUCCCAAUCAGUGACGAUAACCAGUUUGUUGAUUCCCAAGGGCAUCCCUUGCCUAUCGACGGCUAUGGACGUGUGGUAAUCCGGCCUGAUGAUGGUCUGCUGACAACUGAAAUAACUCCAACACAGAGGCCGGCAGGACCCCCAGUUGACGCCUCAGGAAAUCCUAUCGUUGUUGUUAACAAAGAUGGUAAUCCGUUGCCAACUGACGCCAAUGGUUACUACCUCGAUCAGGAUGGAAAUCCGAUUCCAAUCAAUGGCGAUAAUCAAUAUGCAAAUGAAGAUGGGUCUCCCUUGCCAUUCGAUCCAGAAGGCCGAGUUCAUUUGGUCAAUCCUGACGACUUUGUUGAAUCCGCUGAAGCAACAGAUGCUUAUGGUAAAGUAGUUUAUCCAAUCGUCGAUUCCGAUGGAAAUCGUCUGCCCAAAGACGAAUCCGGUAGACAUAUUGACAAAAACGGAGAGCUGAUACCACUGAAUGACUUCGGGAAGCCGUUGGACAUGCAUGGUAAUCCUCUCGGUCUGAACGAAAAAGACCAAUACGUUCUUCCCAGUGAUGUUCUUCAUCCGGAUACCGCAGCCGAUAAGCCAAUCCCUGCCGAAGACGACAAAGAAGAUCAUUAUGCUCAUGGUCCAGAAGGCCAGCCGAAAGUAACUGAACUGCCUACCGACUCCACCGACGUUAAGCCAACUAGUGAAUCUGGGAAACCAAUUAUCGUCGUGAAUUCCGACGGAAUCCCUCUCCCCACGAACUUCGAGGGGGCCUAUGUGGACCCUCAAGGAGAGCCAAUACCCACAAAUGCUGAUAAUGAAUAUGUAGGACCCGACAGUUCUCCUUUGCCAACUGACCAAUAUGGAAACGUUGUUCUUCCUUCGGGCGACGAAGUUGUUGCUAAGACACUGCCAACCGAUACGUAUGGAAAGGAAGUCCAUCCAAUUGUAGACCCACAAGGAAAUCCCCUUCCGACUGACACCUCUGGAAGACAUGUUGGUCCAGGAGGAGAACCCAUCCCGGUCGAUGAAUACGGAAGACCUCAGAAACCAGAUGGAAGUCUCCUUCCCCAGAACCCUGAAGGAGAAUUUGUCUUCCAUCCAAUUGUUAUACCUACCAGUGAUAGCGGUAAACCAAUCGUUGUGAUUGGUGCAGAUGGCUUGCCACUGCAAAAGAAUGCGGCAGGAAAUUACAUCAGACCUGAUGGAGUUCCUGUGCCAACAAAUGCUGCCAACGAGUACGUCGGUCCUGACGGAUCUCCUUUACCGACGUCUGGUGACGGAAGCGUCAUCAUACCCGCUGAAGAAAUAGCCGCAAAAACAUUGCCAACCGACAGUUAUGGCAAACCCGUUCAUCCAAUGGUGGAUCCACUGGGACACCCGUUGCCUACUGACGAAACCGGGAGACACGUGGGGCCCGACUCUGAGCCGGUCUCUGUUGAUGACUCAGGGAAGCCAAUUCGGCCGGAUGGAAGUGUAUAUCCCAAGGAUAAAGAAGGAAAUUACGUUCUCCUGCCCCAUGUGGUCCCAACUGAUGACACCGGAAAGGCAAUCGAAGUUGUUGGACCGGAUGGACAGCCCGUUCCCAAGAACAGCGAAGGUCAGUAUAUAAAAGAAGAUGGGCAGCCAAUCCCGACAAACUCUGAUAAUGAGUAUGUCGCCUCUGACGGAUCUCUGCUACCCAAGGAUUCUGAUGGUAAUGUUGUUAUCCCCGCGGAAGAGUUGGCAGCUAGAACCCUUCCGACUGACAGUUACGGCAAGCCAAUACAUCCGCUGGUAGAUCCACAAGGAAAUCCAAUCCCCACCGAUGCCAGUGGAAGACAUGUUGGUCCGGAUGGAGAGCCUGUUGCCGUAGACGAGCACGGAAGACCAACUAGACCUGAUGGAAGCUUGUAUCCAAAGGAUAAAGAAGGAAACUACAUUCUGCAGUCUGAUGUCAUUCCAACCGAUCCCACCGGAAAAGCGGUUGUUGUGAUAGGGCCAGAUGGAACCCCACUGCAGAAAGAUCCAGAAGGCCACUACAUUAAACCAGAUGGAAAACCAAUUCCAACAAAUGCUGCCAACGAAUACGUCUCUGCUGAUGGAUCUCCAUUGCCAACAAAUGCUCUAGGGGAUGUUAUCAUUCCAGCCGAAGAGCUCGAAGGGAAAACGCUCCCGACUGAUGCUAACGGCAAAGUCAUUUAUCCAAUCGUCGAUCUAGAAGGCAAUCCUCUUCCAACUGAUGAUUCUGGUAGACACAUUGAUCCUCAGGCUAAUCCGAUUCCUGUGGAUGACUCGGGGAGACCAUUAAGGCCGGACGGAAGUUUGUAUCCGAAGGACAAAGAAGGAAACUACAUCUUACAACCCCAAAUAAUCCCUACUGAUAAGAGCGGAAAGGAAAUUGUAGUAGUUGGGGCAGAUGGUAUACCUUUGCAGAAAAAUCCGGAAGGCCAGUACAUCAAAGAAGAUGGGCAACCCAUUCCCACGAACGCGGUCAAUGAAUAUGUUGGACCUGACGGUUCGCCUUUGCCGACAAGUGCUGAUGGAAACAUUGUUCUUUACCCAGAAUCCGAUCUUGAACCAAAGACUUUGCCAACUGACAAAACUGGAAGGGAACCACCUCAAGUUGUCGAUGAAGACGGACAUCCUCUGCCUACGGAUGCCUAUGGAAAGUAUUUGGGUCCGGAUGGUGUCCCGCUUUCUGUUGAUGAAAUGGGGAGGGUACUGAAAGAAGACGGGACACUUUACCCUCAGAAUGACAAGGGACACUUUGUGGUUCCCACAUCUCGAGGUCAAGGAGAAUUAUUAUCAACUGAGCUUCCGACUAAAGAAAUUACCGAGGCACCUCGUCCAACAAAUAAGGAUGGAACUCCUGCUGUUGUCGUAGGCCCUGAUGGUAAUCCCCUUCCAACCAAUGGUCAAGGCCAAUUUCUGAUGGAAGAUGGUAGUCCCGUACCAACCAAUGCUGACGCGCAAUAUGUUGAUCCUCAAGGUUCAGUGCUCCCGAUUAAUGCAGAUGGUCAAUCUGAAUGGAACGCUGGAGAGGAUGAGACCCCCAAAGUUCUCCCAACUGAUGUUACUGGCAGAGAAAUCUAUCCUAUCGUCAAUCCGCAGGGCAUUCCGUGGCCAACUGACGUAACAGGACGUCACGUCGACCACAAAGGAGAGCAGAUUCCCUUGGAUGACUUUGGUCAUCCUAUUGGCCCCGAUGGAAACGUUCUAGAAAAGAAUGAUGAUGGGCAUUAUGUUUUUAAGCCAGACAUAAGACCUACUGAUGCGACUGGUAGAGAAAUUGUAGUUGUGGGACCUGAUGGACAACCAUUGAAGACGGAUGACAAGGGUAAAUUCCUGGACAAAGACCAAUCACCCAUCCCAACCAAUGCCGCCAACGAGUAUGUGGGUCCAGAUGGAUCUCCUCUCCCUACCACCUCAGAUGGAAAUGUCAUCUUCGGCGCGGAUUCGAUACCUGAAGCCAAGACCUUGCCAACUGACGUUACGGGGAAGCUUAUAUACCCGAUUGUACGGCCUGAUGGGUCUCCUCUGGCGACAGACGAAACUCAUAGGUAUGUCGACGAGAAUGGAGAAUUGAUCCCUGUGGAUGACUCUGGAAGACCACUAGACAAAGAUCAGGAACUACUACCCACCGAUAUUAGUGGGGCCUAUGUUUUAAAGCAAGAUAUAACCCCAGAGAAAGACGACAGAGUUACACUCGAAGUAGAACCAGAAGGCCAGCCGAAGGUAACUGAACUGCCUACCGACUCCACCGACGUUAAGCCAACUAGUGAAUCUGGGAAACCAAUUAUCGUCGUGAAUUCCGACGGAAUCCCUCUCCCCACGAACUUCGAGGGGGCCUAUGUGGACCCUCAAGGAGAGCCAAUACCCACAAAUGCUGAUAAUGAAUAUGUAGGACCCGACAGUUCUCCUUUGCCAACUGACCAAUAUGGAAACGUUGUUCUUCCUUCGGGCGACGAAGUUGUUGCUAAGACACUGCCAACCGAUACGUAUGGAAAGGAAGUCCAUCCAAUUGUAGACCCACAAGGAAAUCCCCUUCCGACUGACACCUCUGGAAGACAUGUUGGUCCAGGAGGAGAACCCAUCCCGGUCGAUGAAUACGGAAGACCUCAGAAACCAGAUGGAAGUCUCCUUCCCCAGAACCCUGAAGGAGAAUUUGUCUUCCAUCCAAUUGUUAUACCUACCAGUGAUAGCGGUAAACCAAUUGUUGUGAUUGGUGCAGAUGGCUUGCCACUGCAAAAGAAUGCGGCAGGAAAUUACAUCAGACCUGAUGGAGUUCCUGUGCCAACAAAUGCUGCCAACGAGUACGUCGGUCCUGACGGAUCUCCUUUACCGACGUCUGGUGACGGAAGCGUCAUCAUACCCGCUGAAGAAAUAGCCGCAAAAACAUUGCCAACCGACAGUUAUGGCAAACCCGUUCAUCCAAUGGUGGAUCCACUGGGACACCCGUUGCCUACUGACGAAACCGGGAGACACGUGGGGCCCGACUCUGAGCCGGUCUCUGUUGAUGACUCAGGGAAGCCAAUUCGGCCGGAUGGAAGUGUAUAUCCCAAGGAUAAAGAAGGAAAUUACGUUCUCCUGCCCCAUGUGGUCCCAACUGAUGACACCGGAAAGGCAAUCGAAGUUGUUGGACCGGAUGGACAGCCCGUUCCCAAGAACAGCGAAGGUCAGUAUAUAAAAGAAGAUGGGCAGCCAAUCCCGACAAACUCUGAUAAUGAGUAUGUCGCCUCUGACGGAUCUCUGCUACCCAAGGAUUCUGAUGGUAAUGUUGUUAUCCCCGCGGAAGAGUUGGCAGCUAGAACCCUUCCGACUGACAGUUACGGCAAGCCAAUACAUCCGCUGGUAGAUCCACAAGGAAAUCCAAUCCCCACCGAUGCCAGUGGAAGACAUGUUGGUCCGGAUGGAGAGCCUGUUGCCGUAGACGAGCACGGAAGACCAACUAGACCUGAUGGAAGCUUGUAUCCAAAGGAUAAAGAAGGAAACUACAUUCUGCAGUCUGAUGUCAUUCCAACCGAUCCCACCGGAAAAGCGGUUGUUGUGAUAGGGCCAGGUGGAACCCCACUGCAGAAAGAUCCAGAAGGCCACUACAUUAAACCAGAUGGAAAACCAAUUCCAACAAAUGCUGCCAACGAAUACGUCUCUGCUGAUGGAUCUCCAUUGCCAACAAAUGCUCUAGGGGAUGUUAUCAUUCCAGCCGAAGAGCUCGAAGGGAAAACGCUCCCGACUGAUGCUAACGGCAAAGUCAUUUAUCCAAUCGUCGAUCCAGAAGGCAGUCCUCUUCCAACUGAUGAUUCUGGUAGACACAUUGGACCAAACCAGAAACCAGUUCCUGUUGAUGACGAGGGCAGACCGAUCAAUCCUGAUGGGAGCCUUUUGCCUCAGGACACUGAGGGGAGAUACGUAUUCAAACCAAGUGGUGUCCCCACUGACAGCAGUGGACGUCCAAUCGUGGUUGUUGAUGCUGCUGGAAUUCCCCUGUCGAAGAAUUCUGACGGUAAUUACGUGGAUUCAGAUGGUGUUCCGGUCCCAACGAACUUGGCCGAUGAGUUUGUUGGCCCUGAUGGUUCCCCACUUCCCACCAAUGCUGAUGGAAAUGUUGUUGUUGGUGUUGAUGAUGAAAUUCAGCCAAAGACAUUGCCAACGGAUGAUACUGGAAAGGAUGUACAUCCCGUUGUAGAUCAAGAUGGGAAUCUUCUGCCCACAGAUAGUUCUGGGAAACACAUCAAACCUGAUGGAACUCCUUUGAAAAUCGAUGAUUUCGGUCGACCCCUACAGAAAGACAACGUUCUUUUUCCAACCGAUAGUGCAGGAAACUUUGUUUAUUCCGAUGAAAUUCCAAAGGUAUACGGUGAUGAUGGCAAACCGGUUAUUGUUGUCGGACCUGAUGGUCUCCCAUUAGAUACAAACACUGGUGGCCAAUUUGUUAGGCCUGAUGGAGCUCCUAUUAAUGUGGAAAACGACCGUUAUGUUGACGAAAACAAAACCCCGCUACCCAUUAAUGAACAUGGUCAGGCUGUUUUUAGCCCAGGCCAAGAACCAGAGCCAAAGAUAUUACCAACAGAUGAUACUGGAGCCAUUGUUUUCCCAAUUGUGGAUAAAGAUGGGCAUCCUCUUCCAAAGAACGCCGAAGGAAAGUACAUCAAUAAAGAAGGAGAACUUAUCCCAGUCGAUGAAUUCUCUCGGCCUCAAGGGCCAGAUGGCAAACUGCUUCCGAAGAACGGAAAAGGCCAAUACGUUCAUCCGGAUUCGUUCCCUGCCAGACCAACUGAUUCUUAUGGAAAUGCGAUUCCAGUGGUCGGCAAGGACGGACAACCAUUACCGAUUGAUGCAGAGGGUAAGAUUUCUCAUUUCUAGACUUCUUAUGACGUAAUAUUGAUUUUUUAGGAAAUUUUGUGGGGCCGGAUAACCAACCUAUCAAGAUCGAUGACAAAAAUCAUUAUGUGGACUCUAACGGCGCUCGUCUUCCCAUCAACGACAAAGGUCAAGCGGUGUACGAUGCAACAGCAAAGAUUCUUCCAACUGAUGACUCUGGAAACCCGAUUUAUCCAGUUGUCUCAGCUGAUGGCCUUCCUUUGCCCACUGAUUACACUGGUCAUUAUACCGACGACAGAGGAGAGAUCAUUCCUUUGGACGAUUACGGUCAUCCACUUUCUCCGGAUGGAAGUGUCCUUCCGAAAAAUGAACUGGGACAAUAUGUGCAUGGGGAAGAUUCUGUCGUCACUCUGAAGCCGACUGAUCGGACCGGAAGACCUGUCGUUGUUGUCGAUAAAAAUGGAGUCCCUCUUCCAACAGAUACCGUUGGAAACUACAUUGGCGAGAAUGGUCAUCCAGUUCCUACAAACUCUGCUAACCAAUACGUUGGACCGGAUGGAUCUCCGCUUCCAGUUGAUCCAGAGGGCCGUGUUGUUGUUGGUGCGGGAACUGAGCCUGAAGGCCGAACUCUUCCAACCGAUGACACAGGAAAAGUGGUCUACCCAAUUGUCAGACCCGACGGUUCUCUUCUUCCCACCGAUUCGACCGGCAGAUAUAUCGAUUCAUUUGGCGAACAGAUCCCCGUCAACGACUUUGGGAGACCAAUCAACAAAAACACUGGCGAAGUACUACCCACCGAUCAAUAUGACCAACACAUCUUCUAUGAUGCCAAGCCAACUGACUCCUCAGGACGUCUCAUACAAGUAGUCGACAAAGAUGGAAACCUGCUCCCAACUGACGCCACCGGCCAAUUUAUAUUGAGUGAUGGAUCCCCAGUUCCCACCAACUCCCAUCUUGAAUACAUUGGGCCUGAUUCAUCUCCAUUGCCUCUGAACGAAGAGAACAAGGCUGUCCAUCCGGGAACUAAAGCCCGUGAUGAGAUCUUGCCAACAGACCAUGAGGGGAAACUACUGUAUCCAAUCGUUCGACCUGAUGGCACUCCAUUGGAGCGAGAUUCAUCUGGAAGAUACGUUGAUUAUUCUGGAGAGAGAAUACCCAUUGACGACUUUGGAAGGCCGAUCGACAAAGACAAACGGCUUCUUCCAAAGAUUGAUGACACGACUUUUGUGUAUGCUGGCGGCGUUGUCCUUCCCACUGAUGCAUCCGGAAAGCUGAUCAGAGUGAUUGAUCCUGAUGGACAACCUUUGCCUACUUCCAUCGACGGUCUCUAUGUUUCCAACGAUGGAAAUGUGAUUCCAACUGACAACCAGGGUAAUUAUCUUGGUCCAGACGGCCUACCUCUUCCAAUCUCUGACGAUGGCACAAUUGUGUAUUCACAUAAGCAUCCUUUGCCAACAGACAAAUCAGGAAGAAGUCCACUUCCAGUUGUCGAUGAGAAUGGUUCUCCUCGUCCAACUGAUUUAACUGGCCGCUAUCUCGACUUUAAUGGAGUUCCACUGGAGGUCGACGAAAAUGGAAUUCCGCAGUAUCCCGAUGGCACACCUCUCAAACAAGACGAUAAUGGAAAUUAUGUUUAUCAAGACCAGAGGUAACUAUUUUUAUUUCAACGUUAAAUUAUUUUUUCAGAGCGAAGGAUUCUAAGCAUUGCUACAUGGACCGUUACGUGGAAAUUAUUUUGGUUAUUGAUACUUCAGAAAACGUGAAGAUCCUGGAAUACAGAUUGAUGAAGGAAACUAUCAAAUCGUUCCUCAAAGAGAAUUUUGAUCUCGGGGAAAACAAGGUUAGGAUUGGUCUCAUCAAAUACGGUAGUGAAGUCGAUGUCCCCGUGGCCCUCGGUGAUUAUUCGAAUGCUGGGGAACUGCUUCGAAGAAUUGGAGAUACUCGUCGUUUGAAAGGGUCGCCCCAGUUGGGAGAAGCCCUUAGGGAUGCUGUCAGUGAAUUCAAGAUCUCUGGAGCUCCAGGCUCAUCCAAGGUUGUGAUCGUCUUUAAGGGAGGAAGGGCCGCGUAAGUCAAAUAUACAGUAAUCAUGCUGUUGUCUAUCCGUUGUAUUAACAAGGGAAGUGUUUCAAGUGCGACGCCCAGAUUUUCUUUAAAUUUGAAAGUUUAGCUGGCGCUUUUAUUGAAAGUUCUUUUUGGCCAUAUUUUUGACAGUUUCGUACGGUAAAAGUUAUGUUUUUGCAGAAACAUUAUCCUCUAUGGUAGAAAUAGGCACUCAACUUUUUAUGCCAAAAUUCAGAAGAAAGUGUCACAUUUGUGACGACUUUCGAUCUAAAAAUCUCCGUCGUUUCUGCAGAGCGCGAGCUAGGAGUCUCUCAUGUUAGAAAAAAUUUACUUAAAUUUAUGUUGUUUCAUCAAAAUCUGAGCAUCUCACUUGGAAUACCCCUGUUAGUAAGGCAACUGUAAAUUGCUUCUUUCAGGGAUGAUGUGGCUCUUCCGUCGACCCAGCUCCGAGAUUACACCAAAGCGGAUGUUUUCGUUGUCAGUGUGGGUCAGGAUGAUGACGAUGACAAUGAAAUUGUUGGCCAUGAUUCGAGCAAACUGUUCAAAUUCCAAGAAUGGAAGUCCAUGGAACCGAGUGACCUCGGCCCAAUUGCAGACAAGAUUUGUGAACUGGUUCCUAGCGACCAAGCAGGACCUACAGCUUGGCCGUCUCGACCAACUCGGCCUUCUACUUCUGGUCUGCCAAGAGAAUGCUCCACAGUGGAGUACGAAGUUGACCUUGUGGUUCUCUUGGAUUCUUCCAAAUUUACCCAAGAAGAAUUUACAAAGACCCGUGAGAGCAUUGGCACCCUGGUCGACGAAUCAUUUGAUCUGGCGCCCGACGUUGUUCGUGUUGGAUUCAUCGUGUUUAGUGAUAAGGUCAGCGUCCCAGUAGCUCUUGGCCAUUACGAAGACAAGAUCGAGUUGUUGGAGAAGAUCCAGGAGAGUGAAUUAAUGGACGGAACUGCCAUUGCUUACAAAGGGUUGGAUGCAGCUCGGCAACAAUUCAGACUUCAUGGAAGAGGGGGUGUGUCCAAGGUUGUCCUGCUCAUCACAAAUGGCAAUUACAGGUAAGAAAUCUUCCGUGAUUCGUUUAAAAUGUACUUCAGAGGAAAUGGCCAACAAUUCGCCCAAGAGCUUCGUGACACCCAUGGUAUCCAGCUGUUUGUAUUAGGCAUAAACCCCAGUCAAGCGAGAUUACCAUCACUGCAGCGACUUGUUGGAGUAGAGUUCUCCAAGGAGAGAUUGUUGUCCAUUGAAAACAUUGAUGACAUUUCCAACAAGUUGGACUUCCUUCGAACGUCCUUGUGUAGCAGGAUCAGCCAGACCACCGUCGUUGAAGAUGACUAUUAUACAACAGAAUCUCAUCGUACCACAAAACGAGACGUCACCAAGAUUCCAUUGAGCGAACAAAAAGAACCUUGCAAGGACGAGGCAAAGAUGUCCAUCAAUAUUGUAAUUGAUAGUAAUGGAGGAUCUCAAGAUGAAGAAGUAAGGGAUCUGUAUCAUGUGUAAUUUAAUGCAUUUUCUAGCACGUAAGUGACGUCAAGUCCAUAGUGCAGACCUUCCUGGAUGAGCGUUAUGCGGAGAAAGAAAAGGAUGAAAAGCCACUGGUAAACUUGAUCAACAUCAACAGCAAGGAUAAGAACAUUUUGCACAGUAAAUCUGGUGUCCCUGUCGAUGAUCUAUUCGAAGAAAUGAGUGAUAUAUUUGACGACGCUGUGAAAGAGAACGAAGAAAUACGUGAAAAACUGCCAGACUGCCAGCAUUAA